AUGCCCUCGGACAACCACGUCAAGAGAGCCAUGUCGCUCAUCGAGGCUGACAAGACCAAGGUCCUUGGCAUUACCGUUGGAAGCCGUGAGAAUGUGCAGCCAGGACAGUACAUCCCACGCUCCAAGGCCCAAACUCCUCCCAAGCUCGCCUUCUCGGGCGCAUCGCCCACCCCCUCUUCCGCAUGGCCCCUUCUUCCGCAUGGCCCUCUCUCCCGAAUGACCCCUUCAGGAUAG